AUGAUGUCGGAAGCGGAGUCAGCGGUGAAUGCGCUCAAGAAGCUCGAGGUCAACAAAACGUGUGUCAAUUGCGGCAAUUACAACCGCUUUGGACACCAAAAUGUUUGUGAAAAGGUACGCACGUUUGUAUGCUCUAAUUGCAAGAGUGCGCACCAGAGCUACAGUAUGCGCGUCAAGAGCGUAAGUAUGAGCAAUUGGACGAUGGAUGAGGUUGAUGCGUUACGGGAGCAGAAUGGUGGUGGAAAUGCCGUUGCAGCGCGUGUCUGGUACGGCCGUUGGGACGAGAGCCAGAUGCGCAAACCAAGUAAAGAGGACGCACUCGACUACUACAAGCAGUUCAUCAAUCGCGUGUACAAUGAAAAGGCCUUUUACGACGAGAAUGGAUGCAGUGGGAUUGCUUCGUUUACUGGGAUACCAGCCAAAAGCAGCGGCCAAUUGACGACGGCAGUGCCGGUCACCAACUUGUUGGACUUUGACACCCCGACACAGACGCAAGACGCAUCAAGUAAAAAUCUUGAAGCGUCUGGUAGCUCUGAUAAUGACGGAUGGGGCGAUUUUGCAGCUGCGCCAGUUUCAGCGACCUCGAACGAUGAGUUUGGUGCGUUUGUAUCGGCUUCGGCACCCACUUCGAUGCCUGAAUGCAACGGAUUUGCGGAUUUCAGUGCUGCUUCUGGGUCACCUGCUAGCAUGGAUUUAUUUGGGGACUUUGUUUCGGCCCUACCUGCAUCGACCUCAAAAUCUUUUGACGUGUUUGCUGAUUCAGAUGAGAGCGUGCUUACACUAAAUGCUCCGUCGUCGAAUGGCCCAGUGUCAUUUGAUCCUUUUGCACCUGCCCCUACGACCCAAGGCCAACAGCCAGCUUCAUGCCGACUCAUGAAUAAAUACAACGCAGUUCCAGCGUUUAAGGAUUAUAGUGUGUUUGACGGACUCUCGUCUCCGUCGUAUGGCACUCCUCACCACAAUAAAAACAGUCAAGCUUGCGGCUCUGUUGGAAUGAAAAUGAACGGCCAUGGCCAGCAGCUGGGCAUGCAGCAUUCCGGAGGCUCUCGACAGCAACAGCAGCACCAUCACGUCCAGCCGAUGAUGGGCUGUGGCAACGCCGGCAUGAACAUUAGCACGUACUUUUCGCCAAAUGCCGCCGGAGUAACCGGUAAUUUGAGCGCUUAUCCCAACGGUAGGGACCCAUUCGCCGGCUUAGGCCUGUAA